AUGGAGUGGUUCGGCCAUGCCAAGGUUGAGUUCGCUCACGCUCCUUCGCCACGGCCUGUAAGGGAGAAGGAUGGCAAAGAGACAGACUUGCUUAAGAUUGUUGAAGAAGCUACACCGCCAUGCCACUUGAAUCCUUUCUUGUUUAAUGGUCACUUGCAGACAAUGUGGACAGCUACGAAACCCAGUGGCCCGCCGGUAUACUACCGCCGCAAGGUAUUCGACGCUGACCACAAGACGUACAAGGGAACGUUUGCUGUCGACUUUGCUGUGCAGCCUUUUGAGGGAUCCGACGAGACAUUACCAAGAAGGACUACAUACUUCAGUGACGACGAAUUUGCCAACAUUGGAUCGGAUGAUUCCAAGCCCAUGCUAGUCGUUUUGCACGGGCUGUCUGGCGGCUCUCAUGAGAUCUAUCUGAGGCAUACGAUUGCGCCAUUGCUUGGUGACGGCGGCUGGGAAGUAUGUGUUGUUAAUUCGAGGGGUUGUGCAGGAAGCAAGAUUACCAGUGGCGUUCUUUACAAUGCUCGAGCUACCUGGGAUUGCCGACAAACGGUAAAAUGGUUGAAAAAGGCGUUUCCGAACCGACCUCUAUUUGGUCUUGGUUUCUCUUUGGGCGCUAACAUGCUUACCAAUUACUGUGGCGAGGAAGGAGAAAGCUGUCUUCUCAAGGGAGCCGUGGUUUGCUCUAAUCCAUUUAACUUGGAAAUAUCGAGCAAAAUGCUCCAAAACCGAUUUAUUGGCAAAGAGGUAUAUCUUAGAGUCAUGGGUUUCGCUAUGAAAGGCUUGAUCAGCACGCACAAGGAUGCUCUGGAGAAAUACACAGACCUCGAUUUGCCAACCAUUGAAAAGGUCACUUAUUUGCACGAUUUCGACCGCGAGGUUCAAUGCCCGACUUGGGGAUAUCCCACUGAAGAUGCUUACUAUCGUGACGCCUCUUCCUCAGAUGCCGUAUUGAACAUUAGGAUACCUUUCGUAGCUAUUCAAGCCACCGAUGAUCCUAUUGCUGUAAAGGAAGCGCUUCCAUAUGCAGAGUUCAAACAGAAUCCCAACACCGUCAUGAUUACCACCUCCAUGGGCGGGCACUUGUGCUGGUUCGAGCUAGGUGGUGGCCGAUGGCAUCCCAAGCCAGUUUGCAACUUUUUGAAUCAUCUUGCAUUCAAAGUCGAUUUAGACAGUAUUACGCCAUCCAGGGCACCCACCCCAGAAAAUCCAAAACACGGCGCAGACUACAACCCAAUGCGUCGAAAGCUUCAGAUAUUAGAGGACUAG